AUGUCUAGCCAACUACAACCUGAAGCGCCUGCACCCCCUGCAACAGCCGCGGCCGCAGUUUUAGUUCAAUCGCACCCCGUGCCCGACAAUGCCAUGCCGAUUAAGGGACCCGAUUUUGAUUCUCCCCUAGAUUUGAACGCAUUGCUGGGGGAUAUGAGCCGCAAAUGGCGCCUUUCCGACGAGCCACUGACUGAGGAUGAAUCUCCCGACUAUACAUCACCCGAGGUCCGAGCAGCAACCAAGUGCACCGUCUUCUUGGGGUACACCUCGAACCUAAUCUCAUCAGGUUUACGAGAAGUCAUUCUCCACCUAGUCAAGCACAAACAUCUCUCCGCAAUUGUUACGACUGCCGGUGGCAUCGAAGAAGAUUUUAUCAAGUGUCUUAACCCAACAUAUCUUGGUGAUUUUCAUCUUGAUGGCGCGGAGUUACGGCGCAAGGGAAUGAACAGGAUUGGGAAUCUAGUCGUACCGAAUGACAACUACUGCAAAUUUGAGGAUUGGGUAACUCCGAUUCUGAAUAAGAUGCUAGAAGAACAGAAUGCGACAGGCGAAGUGUGGACCCCAAGCAAGGUCAUUAGGAGGCUGGGUAAAGAGAUCAACCACGAAGAGUCGGUAUACUAUUGGGCGUAUAAAAAUGAUAUCCCAGUGUUCUGUCCAGCAUUGACUGAUGGAUCCUUGGGCGACAUGAUCUACUUCCAUUCGUUCCGAAACCCUGGUCUAACGAUCGAUAUCGUUCGAGAUAUUCGAGCACUGAACGAUAUUUCGCUCAAGGCUCGGAAAGCGGGUAUGAUUAUAUUAGGCGGGGGUGUAUGCAAGCAUCAAAUAGCAAAUGCAAUGCUCAUGAGGAAUGGUGCCGAUUUUUCGGUGUACAUCAAUACUGGGCAGGAGUUUGAUGGUUCGGACUCCGGAGCACGUCCAGAUGAGGCUAUAUCCUGGGGGAAAAUACGUGCCGGAUCGGAAUCGGUUAAGGUAUUUGCAGAUGCUACACUAGUUUUUCCGCUUUUGGUUGCCGCGACAUAUGGCAGAGCACAUUGGGAAGAAAAGUCGAAGCACGCGCAAUGA